CUUAUCACUUGCAUAACAAUAAAAACUAAGAGCUUGCUUCUCACCGUUGUAACAAUCAAAACUAAGAGCGCACUUAUCACCGGCGUAACAAUCAAAACUAAGAGCGCACUUAUCACUGGCAUAACAAUCAAAACUAAGAGCGUGCUUAUCACUGGCAUAACAAUCAAAACUAAGAGCGUGCUUAUCACCGGCAUAACAAUCAAAACUAAGAGGGCGCUUAUCACUGGCGUAACAAUUAAAACUAAGAGACUGCUUAUCUCGCGCGUCACAAUGAAAACUAAGAUCGCGCUUAUCACCGGCGUAACAAUCAAAACUAAGAGCGCGCGUAUCACUGGCGUAACAAUUAAAACUAGGAGCCUGCUUAUCUCGCGCGUAACAAUCAAAAGUAAGAACGCGCGUAUCACUGGCGUAACAAUCAAAACUAAGAUCGAACUUAUCACCGGCAUAACAAUCAAAACUAAGAUUGUGCUUAUCACCGGCAUAACAAUCAAAACUAAGAGCGCGCUUAUCAAUGGCGUAACAAUUAAAACUAAGAGCGCGCGUAUCACUUGCGUAACAAUCAAAACAAAGAUCGCGCUUAUCACCGGCGUAACAAUCAAAACUAAGAUCGCGCUUAUCCCCGGUGUAACAAUCAAAAGUGAGAGCGCGCUUAUCACUUGCAUAACAAUAAAAACUAAGAGCUUGCUUCUCACCGUUGUAACAAUCAAAACUAAGAGCACACUUAUCACCGGCGUAACAAUCAAAACUAAGAGCGCGCUUAUCACUGGCAUAACAAUCAAAACUAAGAACGCGCUUAGAGCGGUUUUCAUUUGAGUGUCGAAAAGUAAUUGGUUUUGCACUUUCUACACGAUGCGAUUGGCUUAAAAGAUUCGCGCCACCUUUUCAUCCAAUCAGAAGUAAAACCAAAGCCAAUUGUGACGCGCUCGCGUGCAUUUUCCCGCGCUUUGCGUCAGCCACAUGUAAUUACUUCGAGUUUUGAUUGGUUCAAUGUAUUGUCUGUGUCCUAUGUGAUUGGCCAGAGUAAUUACUUUGGUUUUGGUUUUACGACACUCAAACGAAAACCACUCUAUUACUGGCGUAACAAUCAAAACUAAGAGCGCACUUAUCACUGGCAUAACAAUAAAAACUAAGAGCGUGCUUAUCACUGGCAUAACAAUCAAAACUAAGAGCGCACUUAUCACUGGCAUAACAAUCAAAACUAAGAGCGCGCUUAUCACUGGCGAAACAAUUAAAACUAAGAGCCUGCUUAUUUCGCGCGUAACAAUCAAAACUAAGAGCGCGUGUAUCACUGGCUUAACAAUCAAAACUAAGAUCGCGCUUAUCACCGGCGUAACAAUCAAAACUAAGAGCUCGCGUAUCACUGCCGUAACAGUUAAAACUAAGAGCCUGCUUAUCUCGUGCGUAACAAUCAAAACUAAGAGCCUGCGUAUCACUGGCUUAACAAUCAAAACUAAGAUCGCGCUUAUCACCGGCGUAACAAUCAAAACUAAGAGCUCGCGUAUCACUGCCGUAACAGUUAAAACUAAGAACCUGCUUAUCUCGUGCGUAACAAUCAAAACUAAGAGCGCGCGUAUCACUGGCGUAACAAUCAAAACUGAGAUCGCGCUUAUCACCGGCGUAACAAUAGAAACUAAUAUCGCACUUAGCACUGGCAUAACAAUGAAAACUAAGAGCGUGCUUCUCACCGUUGUAACAAUCAAAACUAAGAGCGCACUUAUCACCGGCGUAACAAUCAAAACUAAGAGCGCACUUAUCAUUGGCAUAACAAUCAAAACUAACAGCCUGCUUCUCACCGGCGUAACAAUAAAAAAUAAGAGCGCACUUAUCACUGGCAUAACAAUCAAAACUAACAGCGUGCUUAUUACUGCCAUAACAAUCAAAACUAAGAGCGUGCUAUCACCGGCAUAACAAUCAAAACUAAGAGCGCGCUUAUCACUGGCGUAACAAUUAAAACUAAGAUCGAACUUAUCACCGGCAUAACAAUCAAAACUAAGAGCGUGCUUAUCACUGGCGUAACAAUCAAAACAAAGAUCGCGCUUAUCACCGGCGUAACAAUCAAAACUAAGAGCGCACUUAUCACUGGCAUAACAAUCAAAACUAAGAGCGUGCUUCUCACCGGCGUAACAAUCAAAACUAAGAGCACGCUUAUCACUGGCGUAACAAUAAAAACUAAGAGCUCGCUUAUCUCUAGCAUAACAAUC